AUGUUUGAUAAAGAACCUUUGAUAGAUGAUGUGGAGGUGAACAUAAUCAACUUUUGUAGUGUAGUUGAUGGAGACAUUGACUUGGGACAACCUGACCAGACAUACAAUAACAAAGAGGAACAUGUAGACAUUGAGGAUGAACCUUUAGACGUCUUAGAUAAUGAUGUGUCUGGACCAUUUGCUAUUAAUCAAGAGCCUUUAAAGAAAUUAUUCAAAUCCAUUGUAAAACCAGUUGCUUGUUCAUUUGGUGAGGUUCACAUAAAAGCUUUUAAGAUUGGUCAGACUUUCAAAGAAAAGGAAAAGAUCAGAUAA